AUGCUGAAAACACUUACUGCUAGAGAUAUUGCGUUGCGAAUGAAGUAUAAGCCUUCGAAGCUUAUUCAUAGGAGUUUGCCCAAAGCAUCAGCUGCUGGAAAAUCAGGAGCAAGUUCUGCACAAGCUAGAAACACUGGUAAAUUCAGAGAGAACCAUAAACUAGGCAUAUUGGCAGAAAAACUAUUUGAUGAGAAGGUCCCUAUAAGAAAAAAGACUUCUCAUGCAACUGAAAAUCAUAAUCUGUUUGGCUUGGAAGCUUUUGUUGGCAAUAAUGCUCCUUUAUUCAUCUGGAAUUAUGCAAUCAAAGAUGAUCAUCAUGAUAAUAGUUUCCUUCUCAAAUUAUUUCGUCGUCUUGCAACUGUUAAAGAUGAUGGAACUGUUCAAUUUGAAGUUCCUGGAGACAUCCAACCACCAAGGCUUGAUUUCGGAACUGGAGUUGUUCACAAUGAAGUUUUUGAUGAAGAACCUGUUGACACAGUUGGGGACACAGUUGGGGUUCAUGAUAUGCCCCCCUGCAAAUAG